AUGUUAAGAAAAAGCAAAGGACCCAUAAUACAAGUUGAUCGUUUAAUUUUUGAUACAAGAAAUAAAACGAAACCAAAUUCAAUUAUUUCAGCUAUAUCUCAUUCAUUACCUAUCUUAAAUUUACCAUCUAAUUUAUCAGUUAAAAAAAAUAACGAAUAUAUUUCUGGUGAAUCUUAUGUUUCAUUUCCUGCAAAUAAAUUAAAAGUAAUUCGUUUAACACUUGAUGAUAUAAAUAAUGAAAAAAUAGUUUUCAAUGAAAAUGAAAAGAAAAUCUAUUCAAUCAAUCAACAAUCAUCAUCAUCAUCAUCAUCACCAUCAUCAUCAUCAUCAUCAGUAUUAGAAGACAAUCUGAAAAAGAAGAACGAAAAUAUUUUUUCACCAGUUUAUGAAUCAAUCGAUGAAAAACGAGAUAUAAUUAAUCAUAAUAAAAAACAGACAAAUAUUUAUGAUGAUCCAUUUGAAAUACUUUAA